GCAUUCACAGUUUGGUAUCACGUCCAAAUACUCCGUAACUUCAGCUUGAAGUGAUACGUGAAACCGACGAAAUCUAUAAUUUGAAUCAGAUGUGCAAAUUUAAGGGGAAUUUCACCAGCAAAUUAGCAUCAGACAGCACUGAAAAGCCGUGGUGGAAUUUGAGAACCCAAUUAUUAUUGCUUCUCCGACUUCCCCUUUCUUUUUCCUUAAAUACUUUGUCUUUACCCCAAAGGAGAAAUGCCUGUAUAUUCAAUAAGCUGCAAGGCCACUAUCACAAAGGCAGGUCAACUUGGACAUCAACUCAAAUAUGGGUGUCUUUCAUCAUGAAGAUCCACCAACUCCGCCUAAGAAAUGCAAGUUCCUUGCUGCAGCUCUCAAGGAUGCCUUUUCUAAUUGCAGUACCUGUAGGCGGCUUUCGAUUUCAAGCCCUGAGGAGGAGCACCCAACAAGUGACAUAGAUGAUGAGCAGGAAUUGAUUGUUUCAGCGAUCCGAAGCCGUGCAAUGGAAAAGUCUAGGAACAGAUCUUUUGUUCUGACAGAUAGCUUUUCCUGGGUGUUUUCUCCGAGGACUGGGGAAUUGUACUUGGCUCCAAAGAUUUUUCAACAGAAGGAUGAUGAUGGCGAUGAUGAAAACAACGAUGAUGAAGACGAUGAAAGAGAGGAAUUUCUGUCCGUCGGAAGUUGUUUUUCCUGUUGUUCGAGUGCUUUAAGCAAGGAAGCCUUUGUUUCUAUGAAGACGAACUUCUCCCGCUGCUCAAGUUUAAGUGAUGUUCUUGAGAUAAAAGAUUUUCCAAGGCGUUCCAUACUUGAGGAGUUCUGUCACUGUGAGGGAUGGCCAUUUGGUCUCUGCAGGAAGGCUGUGCUGCUUCCACCUUUGCCUAAAUCUCCUUCUGAAUCUUGGUCUUGGAGUAAAGGCAGUAAAAUAGUUAAGAUGGCUCGAGUUAGUACCUUUCCUACUGGCCUUGGCAAUCACAAAAUAAAGAAUAGAGACUAAAAGACUAUGUUAUUAGAAAAAUUGAUCUCUCCCUCUCUCCGGAUUGUUAUGAUUUUUCCCUAUUUCAUGAAACCCUAUGCCAUAUGCCAUGAAACAAGAAAAGGAUAUUUUCUCUCCACCAUUUCUUGAUUUUUCGCAAUGUUAGACAACAGGUAGAACUGCCCUGAGGAACCUAAUUAAGUCCAACUCAACCAUAACUAAUGCUUGUGGCAGUUUGGUUCAGUUUUAAUAUAUAUCUUUAAAUUGAAUAUUCAGCUGGUUUUAUGA